ACACCUCUAGAGUCUAGAAUACACCUUUUAUAUUAAAUAUUUAUAUAUAUAUUAUUAUAUAAGAUAUAUAUACUUACAUGAUUUCCGAUUUGUUAUUUUAAUCUAUUCUCUGCCUGGCGCCUGCAGAGCAUAGAAAAGAGUGCAGCUGGUUAGUUAGUACUUAGUUAUUACAAUUUACACUUAAAAGUUUGGUGACAAGAGUACACUUGUUGGAAACUACAGUCUACACAUUAGUAGUUUUUAAUGCAAACUACCGAGUUUGUAUUAAAAACUACCUUUGUUCGUACAAAAUACCUCAUCCACUUGUCUGCUGAUUUUUUAGUGUCCAGUGGCCGAUAAAUGCUUUAUUGUUAUACUUUAAAGUACUUGCAAAUUUUAUAUUUUACUUUUUAAUUGUGAAUUCUUAAAACAAUAGUUAAUUUAAAAUAAAUAUUCAACGUUUGACCUACAAAGAAAUAUGAAAAAAAACAAACAAAUUAAAAUCAAAGCACAAUUGAAAUUAACCACAAGGACAAAACAAAAUACAACCAUUUAUCAAGAAAUUAAGAGUAAAAAGGAAGAUGACUUUGACGAUGAUGAUUUAAACUCAUCAAAUUCUAGUUUAGAAUUAUUUAAACCAAAAACUAAAAUAUGUUUAGACUCUAAAAAAAAAAACUAUAAUAUGUAUUCUACUAUAAUUGACCAAAUUGAUUUGACAAAUGCAACUAACUGCAAGUAUAAUAGCUCUGGAGUUCAGUCUACUUCAUUAACAAAUUUAAAUUUUGACAAUAAAAGAAAUUCCUUCAAUGUUCUAGAAAAGUCUUUAACAAAUUGUUUAAUAAAUAACAGUUCUGACUCAGAUGGAAGUUUUAAAUCUGCUACCAGUCUAACCACUGAAAACACAAAUAAAAAAUUUGACAUAGGAUCACCUAUUAAUAUUUCUGAUGAAUCUGAUACAGAGAAUGAUAAUUUAUAUGAAAAAAAAACUGCUAAAGUAGAAUAUUACAAAAAGUCUUUUAUAUGUAAUUCUAAACAAUUAAAUAAUAGUGACCACGAAAAUAAUGGUUUUUUAACGCCUACAAAAACCUAUGAACAACCAAAUGACCUCACGGAAUCUGCAAAAGUUUUAGAUCGAUUGUAUGGUAAUCAAUGGAGAAAUAUUAAUGGAAUUAUUGUAGACGCAAAAAAGAAAAACUUAAAUAAUCUAUUAAGAAAUUUUAAUGAAUCAUUUUGUGACAAUAGUUCAAACAGUAACCAGUCGGAAUUUGACAACUCUUUGUCAUGUAAAUCACCAGUACCAUUUGAAAACAAGAAAUUAUGGAACAUGGAUAAGCAUAGUAAUAAAUUAAGCAAGGACUGUGGUUUUCAGACAAAUAAUAUUCAACAAGAACUUGAUGAUGCUUCUCAAAGUCUAAUGAAUGUCAGUUUGUCCGAGCGUUCAAAUAAUUUACCUACAGAUCUGUUAACAUCUGGUGAAAAUUGUAAAUCAUCUGUUAUAGAUUAUAUAGAUUUAUCGACUCCAGUAAAAAUACACAGUGAUAAUGAAAAUUUAAAGUUAAAUAAGACUAAAAAAAAGGGGGUGAAUGAAAAAAAAAAGAAGAAAGAAGAAUGUGAUAUAGUUAUGAAGAUCAGUGAUAUCAAUGAUGCCUACUCUAUUAGUUCCGAUUCAAAGCUCUCAUUUUUAAGUUCUUUAUCAUGUUUUACUGGUUCAAUGAAGUGUGAUCCUGAAGCAGAAAAAUAUAAACUGAAAUUUAAAAAGCAUAGAGAUGAUUUAGUAUGUAUACUAUUUAAACUGUUCAACAAAGAAGUAUUUGAAAAUAAGCUUCCAACUGACAUGAACUUUAAAUGGAACGCACGGUUAAGGACAACUGCUGGGGCGUGCUUCAAUAGACGCUCAGUAAAAAUAAAUGAAAAUUUAGAUUGUAUAAGAGUAUCUCGAAUAGAACUCUCUUCUAAGAUAAUUGAUACUGCUGAAAGACUGAGAGAUACAUUAAUCCAUGAGCUUUGUCAUGCUGCUUGUUGGAUAUUUAAUAAUGUAGCCGAAGGUCAUGGACCAGCUUGGAAAAGUUGGGCAAACAAAGCGAUGCAAAGAUUUCCUGAACUUCCUAUUAUAAAAAGAUGUCAUAGUUAUGCUAUACAAACAAAAUAUACUUACAAGUGUAUUAAAUGUGGUUAUAGUUUUGGACGUCAUUCAAAGUCAUUAAAUUUAGAGAAAAAGCGUUGUGGUUAUUGUUAUGGAGAAUUUGAAUUGAUUGUCAACAAAAUAAACAAAAAUCCAGAAUUAAACAGUAACCUUCCCAAUAUACAAACAGACCCUUUAAAAGAAUUGUAUAAUAUUGGUGAGUCACAGCAAACAACCAAACUUCCAAGAAAACCCUCUAAAUUUGCAGUGUUUGUAAAGGAAAAUUACGGAAGAGUUAAGCGGGAGAAUUCCCUGUUGAAACAUGGAGAAAUCAUGAAAGAACUUGGAUCUCAAUUUGCAAAUGCUAAAACAAUCACACCUGACGAAAUAUUUGACAGACUACUUGAUAGUUAAUGUAGUCAAUAGAAAUUAGUAUUAUUAAUUUUACUAAUUUACCACUCAUUGAUUAAAUUUGAUAAGACUUUAAUUUUUUUACUUUAUUAAUUUACUCAUAAAAUUAAUUUUUAACUGUAAAAGUUUGUGUUUUUAAGGCAAAGUAGCAAAUU